GCCCAUCUACGGCCUUUCAGCGUACAAAAGCCGGAGCCUUGUCCAAGCUUCUCCCCUCGAUUUCCAAUCGAAACCUCGCACAAACCCUAGUUCCUCAAACACAAAGGCGGCGGCGGCGGCGGCGGAGAAGCAAGAUGAUCUACGACGUGAACUCACCCCUCUUCCGCUCCUUCCUCAGCCAGAAGGGUGGCGCCUCCGACAAGAGGAAAAUGGAAGAGCAGAAGCCUAAGGAGCAGAAGCCCAAGGCCAACGAGAACAAGCCUGUCAUGAAUGAAUAAUUUGUAGCAGCAUAAUCAUGCUACAUAAAUCGAGUUGUAUGAACCUUUUGUCGUGCAUUGAACUUGAUAUUGAAGUACCUUUGUGAAACCAGGUUAUGCUCAUGCUGACUUCGUGAAGUGAUCUAGAAAUGCCCAUUGUGUGCCCUA